AUGAAAAAAUUAGGAAAAAAGUUGGAUUUUUUUUCUUCUCCAGUUGAAUUGAUGAUUCAUAAAAAAAGAUCGCAUUAAUCAUUAUUUGGAGCAUUCAUGACACUAUUAAUGUUUUCAUGCGUUUCCACAUACAUAAUCAACAAAUUUAUCUAAUUAGGAUAGAGAAAAGAGUUUUAAACGCUAUAUUCAGAGGUAUAUUAUGAGGAAAUUCCGGUAUUUCCUUUAUAUUCCAAUAAUUUCUCCUUGUAAUUUGCAUUUUAAACCGAGAAUUAAACAAAUUAUAUUGAUGAAACUAUAUAUUAAGUUAAUGCUGUAAUGGUUAAUAGAGCCUAAAUUAUGUAAGUUCUUUAAUUUAUAAAAGAGUUGAUAAUAAAACAAGUUUGUAGUUUGUUAGAAAAACUGUUCCUUUAUCAAAAUGUGCUAAUAUAGGGAUACCUUUNUAAGUAGAUAGUAUUUUGGUAUAAAAAGGGAUACCUCCGUACUUCUAGUAGUUUAUUUAGUUUAGAUUCACUUGAUAAUCAGAAAAUUCAUCUUACUAACGAUGCAAUUCAAAACAAAAUGAAUGGAUAUGGUAAAUUUGAAAAAGGUAUUUACAUAUUUAUAAUUUUAAUAGGAAAUAAGGUGUCAUAUGAACAAUUUUAAAAUUAUCUACUCGAAUAAAACAAAUAAAAUAAUACUAAUUAUAGUUUCGAAGAACUUUACAAAAAUAUGAAAGUAUUUUAUAAUCAAAUCGCAUUAAUAGUAAUUGACUAAAAUAGCUUGUGCUUCAAGUAUUAAUUAAAUAAAUAAUACUGAUCAAGUUUUAGGAUUUGAAUUGUAUGGUUUGGAUUUUAUGAUUACUAAUGAAUUCAAACCAAUCUUAAUUGAAUUCAAUACUAAUCCCUGUAUUGAAACAGGUUGUCCAGUGUUAGCUAAAAUAAUUUCAGGCUUAUUAGACAAUUUAUUUAGGUAAUUAAUAAUAACAUAUAUUUAAGGUUUAUAAUUGACCCACUCUUUCCUGCUAAAAAAACAAAUCUUGAUGAUUUUAACAGUAAAAAUGAUUUUGAAUUAUUAUUAUAAUCAUAAUUAUGAAGUAACGUAUCUAUAAAUCCAGAAAGAGAAAACCAAUCAACAUUUGUAUAACUAUAAAUUAAUUAAUAUAAAAUUACCGAUAUGAAUACUUCUAACAUGAAAAAAUUAGGAAAAAAGUUGGAUUUUUUUUCUUCUCCAGUUGAAUUGAUGAUUCAUAAAAAAAGAUCGCAUUAAUCAUUAUUUGGAGCAUUCAUGACACUAUUAAUGUUUUCAUGCGUUUCCACAUACAUAAUCAACAAAUUUAUCUAAUUAGGAUAGAGAAAAGAGUUUUAAACGCUAUAUUCAGAGGUAUAUUAUGAGGAAAUUCCGGUAUUUCCUUUAUAUUCCAAUAAUUUCUCCUUGUAAUUUGCAUUUUAAACCGAGAAUUAAACAAAUUAUAUUGAUGAAACUAUAUAUUAAGUUAAUGCUGUAAUGGUUAAUAGAGCCUAAAUUAUGUAAGUUCUUUAAUUUAUAAAAGAGUUGAUAAUAAAACAAGUUUGUAGUUUGUUAGAAAAACUGUUCCUUUAUCAAAAUGUGCUAAUAUAGGGAUACCUUUCUAAGAAAUAGAAGAGCAACUAGAUAAUGUUGAUUCUAGCAAUACAUAUUGCAUUGAUUGGAAUAUUUUAUAAGAACUUAGUUUAGUAGGAACGCCAGAAUAAGAAAAUUAUACCUACAUAUAUAUAAGUUUUCAAUAAUGUAUGAAUGACUCGAGCAAUAGUAAUUUUUUAUAACUAAGUAGUUAACAGCCCAGUUUGUAGAUCUAAGGAAGAAAUUUAAGAGCAACUGCAUCGUAAUUAUAUUUUAUUCUAACUGUCAUCAUAUAAUAUUGAUCUAAGAAAUUAUCUAUAACCAAAUGUUCCAAAAGUUGAAGAAAUAUAGACAACAAUAUCCAGUCAAGUUAUGAAAGAUAUCACUUUAUUUAUGUAACCGAUAACAACAUUAACUGAAGAAGGAUUAUUGGAUGAAUUAGUGCGUAAAGAUUCAACUAUAAGAUAUUUAAAGUCUUAAGAAGUUAUAGACUUUAAUAGUGAUGAAGCUCUUGCAUCAGUUUUAAUUAGAUUGGCAAAUACAGAAAAUAUAAGUUAUAGAAUAUAUCCUAAACUCUAAGAUAUUUUAGCUUAAGCAGGCGGUUUAUGGGAAAUUCUUAUGCUAAUUUUUACUAUUAUAGUAAAACCAAUUCAAUCUUUAUCUUAUAAAUUAGAAGUUAUAAAUAAUUUAUUUAAUUUCGAAGGAUAAAAAUAAUAAAACACUACUGACUUAAAUGAUGGCGGCAAGUAAAUCUUAAAAAGAUUGACUAUUGUUUAAGAAAGUGUUUAAACUCAUGAAAAUGAUCCAUCUUUAAUGUUAAAAUAAUCAAAAACCAAAACUUCCAUGCGAUUUCCUAGAGGUAGACUCAUAAACAAAUCCUUAAAAUUUGAUAAUGGUAAUUCUGCAUAAACAGAGAAGUCUUCAUAAAUGAUUACUAAUUCGCCUGAAAAUGAUAAAUUAAUUAAAAAAGGAAUUAGAUAAGCUUUGAGGAAAUUAUUUAAUAUAGCUAAUCUAAAAUUAAGAUUAAAUCUAUUUGAUUAUUUUAAAUAUUUGAAAUGUGGGUAAUAAUACAUUUUGAUUUAAUAGAAAAAAAGAAGGAAAGUUUAAGCAAUUGUAAUAUUCAGUCAAUAAAUUGGAAAAAUGUUUGGAUAUACUAUUUAUUAUAGAUAAAUUAUAAGAGAUUGAUAAACUCAAAAUGAUAUUAUUAACCAAAUAAUAGAUACAGCUUUUCGAUUUUUUACCAAAACCACUGAUUUCUUUAAAUCCCAGCAAUAUAUAAUAGAAUGAAUCAUCAAUGUAUUCUUCUUUGUUAAAACCUUACAAAUCAUAGAGUGAAAAAGCCCAUGAAGCAUAAUUAGUGUUAGAUGAAUUACUUGAAAAUUUGGAUGAUCCCAUCACUGUAAAGCUUAUUUCUUUGAUGGACCCUAAUAUUUUUAAACUUCUAUAAAUAUAAUUAGACCUGAAGAAGAGAAAGCCCUCUAAAUUAAUUACUCCUGAUUUCAUUGAAUAGUGA